AUACAAGCAUGGCCGCAGAGUAGCUCUGCAAUACGAACAACAUAACCCUUAAAUAAAUGUUCAAGGAAUGAGGAUAUACGGGCGUGAACAGUGGUUGCGAUACAGAAAUACAAAGUUUCUUUUACAAACCGACCUGUGUCCUUUUUCAUUGGUAACGCGUAUUCGUACCACUCCAGGCGACAUAAGUAAAUUCGUUUUUAUUUGUAUUCUGGGCACAUAAAAAAUGAGGCUAUAUAUAUUCCUAAGUUUUAUCAUAGGAAUAAUGUCAUUUUUCCUAAUUCGAAGCACCUUGUAUGUGGUCCAAGGUACUAUGAUGGACACACUUUUGCAUGCAACAGCUACAGUUAAGCAUACCGAUAAAUAUUACGUAAAUAACUUAUAGUGUUAAAUUUCCUGUAUGUUAUCAGUGUCUAACAGGAAAUCACAUGCAAAAAAGAAUUUAUAACUUCAGCACAGUAAGAAUCUUUCUUAUAACUAAUGAGGUUACCAUUUAGCAUAUGGAGGUUAUAUUUAUGCCUUGUAUUCAUACAAUGUAUGUCAGAAUUUGUUUGAAACUUUUCCACAUUGUCCACAACAAACAAUAGUAAUGAGUGUAAAAAUUCACUUGCAAGGGGAAAUAUAUUAAAUUUCUUAAAUAAUUCUGAACAACAUCUCAUCUCUUUUUUGAACACCUACCAUUAAUCUAAUUAUUUUCUUUUCGAUGUAAAAUAAAUUUUUGUAGGCAACAUAUUUAUAAUUCGGAAGGUUCUAGAGGCAGUUUCAUUCAUGUACUGUAUUGCCUCUUCCUUUGCUGGGCAUUUAGUACAUUUAAGUGAGAUUUCAGAUUCUCAUGAUGAUGAGUAUGAAGAUUACAGCCUUCUGAGAUAUUGCACUGCGUAGUCUCAUAGAAGUCAACAUCUAUGAAACUGCAUGGCACAAUCGGCUGUCAUCUUCAGUACCACUGUUAAAUGUCAGUGAUUCUCUACUGAUGGAGUCCAUGAUAGAGGUUUGAGACGCUGAAGUUAAAAAGAAUGAACUCUUACUUUUCAUUGGUAUUAUGUCUUCCCAAAAUAACUCUGAAGCAAGACAAAGCAUUCGGGAUACUUGGCUUAAUCUUACAGGAGAACAAGGUCUAAAGUAUUAUUUUCUCCUUGGUAAAGAAGUUUGUAAUGUUCCUCCUGAAGACAGACUAUACAAAGAAGCCUGUACAGAAUGGACAGUCGACAUAAAAGGAUCUUCAGAAUUCUCUACAGGUGAAGCUGACAUACUAAGAGCAAGAAUUUUUCAGAAAACAGAAGCAUAUGUUGGUUUCACAUUUCUAGUUCAUCAUUCUGUGGUCAUACACAGACUGAACAUACAGAGAGGCUUUUUGGUCGCAGCUGGUGGCUUUGUCAAACUGAAUCUGAUUAACUCUGUCACCAGGGAGAAAAUAGUUUCAGCAACUUUCUCAGAUGUUGAGAAUAAUUCUGGUUCUGAUCUUCUAGAGAAGUCUGUUGAACCAUACUUACUGCCUAAGGGUUUUGAGGGACAGGUUAUCGUGGAAUUGAUCGGUAACAACUCGGGAAAGAACCUGGACUACUCAGAGUGCUGGCUGCAGUGGAACAAUGCAAGCGGAUUAAUCACAUUUCUGCAGCUUGUCAGAAAUAUAAAUGAGAAGCCAGUGCCGUUCCAUUACGUGUCCUGCACAUUUGCCAGCCUGACAUUCACUCUUCACGAAAGAGGAGAGCUUGAGUCGCACAUUGCAUCUAAACUUGAUCGCAAAAAAACAUGGGAAAAUGAAAUCAAAUCACUGAAGAGUAAGCUUCUAAGAGAAUCAGAAGAAAAGAAAGAUAUUCUGUUCCUCGAUGUGGUCGAUGUUUAUAGAAAUUUGCCGCGAAAACUUCUACAUUUCUUUAAAUGGGCACAUUUUAAUGCUGAGUCCUCAUAUUUGCUGAAGACGGAUGAUGACACCUUCAUUAACAUUGGUGAGGUUAUGAAGACUCUGAAGACUGUCAGGACAAUUCAGUCAAAGAAGGCCUUGACUCGACCAGCGACCGAAUUCUCUCUCGACUGGUGGAGUUCAUUUCGCGAAGGUUGGCCCGUCCAUUCCUUUGGAAAGUGGCGCGAGGAUAACUAUCGAUCCGCGACAUAUCCUCCAUUUCCUUGCGGUGCAGGUUAUGUGCUCAGCCAGGGUGUAGUUCAGUUCCUGGGAAACAGAGCAUUCAAUUUUCUCUACCAGGAUUUCCAAGGAGAGGACGUUUCCUUGGGCAUUUGGUUAGCCGGUGCAAACCCUCUGAGGAUCACGGGCGAUAAUAUUUCUUGUGAGUGGGCUUGUGAUGGCACGUGUAACCCACGAGCCUGUAACAGAGCUGAGUUGUCAGUAGAUGCUAUGUAUCAGGCAUGGGACGCAUAUAAGAAUUGCAGUAAUUUUUGUGGCUGUCACUGAAAGUAAUUCAAAGGUACAAAUAUUGUAUUCUGUCUGCAAAUACAGCAUUCAACAUUUGUUGCAUGAAGUGCUUAAAAUUAAUAUGUAAUGGGGAGGUGCGUAUGUCUGUAUGUGUAUGUUUAAUUCCCUAAACUGUUCUUCUGAUUUUAAUAAAUUUAGCAUUAGAUGAGUGCAGAGUAAGAAUUCGUAAGUCAGUUUCUUUACGGUGUGCACUGGUGCACUACAACUUGUGUUUUACAUGGGCCUUAAAUAAAAAAUUGCAAAAUGACAAAAGCUGCGAUGUUAAAAAUUCAUUGUAGCUGGAUCAGGCCCCAGCCUGAUUUCCUGAGAUAGAAUCUAGACACUCUAGGAAGGGGAGGAUAUUCAAAAUUCAGAUUACAUAAACUGACCAUGGUUGGUACCAGAGGUCGAUGGGGCGCUUCUGUUCACGUCAUCCCCUACUAGAAAGUCUAGCUUCUUGGAAAUUUUACAAGAAAAUAAAAUUGCCACCUCCAACCUCGUGCUGUAACAAAUUUUGGCCAGCUUAAACAAAGUGUGGUACAAGUCUCAAAGUAACUGUAGGAUUUGAAGUUCAUCUUCUCUAACUGACCAAUUAUGGCUCGUCAGUUUUAAAUGUUGUGUUGCAUCUUUUGCAAAAACGGUGGGCGUAUGCCCACGUCGCAUCGGAACAAGUUAGGUAACAGAAAAAAGAAAAAUUCAAUUCAUAUUUCCCAAUAAGCUCCUCCCAACCAACAUAAAAUCACACCUUCCUGCUCCGUCCGUCUUUGAGACGACAGCAGCGUUGCACAGUAUUAAGCUCGUGCUGGAACUUCAUUUGGAACUCUCUCUUUUUCGUGCAUAUUCCCUUUUGCACCCGGGUGGGCAGAGUUCCAUUCCGCUGAUCGUUCAUUAGUGCUCCUGUACUCAGAUAAUCGUCGUAACACAUGCAGUGUACGUGUACAUGUGAUUUAAAAAUGACUCUGGUUUAGUCAUGAAGAAUGUACUCGGGAGACGCAUUGGUGCCAAAUACAAUGGUUUUAUUGUG